CAAACGCAUCAACAUCAACUGUUCGGUGUGGCGGCGAUAUCCGCAUACGAAAAAAGUAAUGUUUUGCAUUUAAUUUCAUGUAAUUUUGCAUUGAAUUAUCGUUAGAAAUGUUGCGAAAGAUAGCGUGCACCGUGUGGCAAAGGCAUGCGGCUGCCCAGUGCAUCGUGCCGGUCGCUCGGAUGUCCCAGUACGGGCCGCACUUUAUCGAACCGAUCGUGAGCAAGGAUAAGAUCGAGGAGCUGCACAAAACCGGCGACUUGUCGAAGAUAUCGCACGUCCCGGUGAAGGCCGCUCUCAGCAAUCAGAACUGCUCCGUGUUUUACGAUCCGCUCGUUGCCCAGUUCACAAAUUAUGUAAUGAAGCAGGGCAACAAACAGCUUGCCCGUGACCUGGUCGAGAAGGGGUUCGAAAAUAUCAAGCGGCUACAGCUGGAACGGUACCAUCUGUCCGAGUCGGAGGAGGAAAAGGCCAAGCUGGAGCUGAACCCGCGCCGGCUGCUGCACCAGGCGGUAGAAAACUGUCGCCCACUGUUGCAGCUGACCCCGAUCAAGCGUGGUGGCGUGCGGUACCAAGUGCCGGUGCCGAUCACCGAGAAGCGAUCGUACUUUCUCGCCAUGAAGUGGCUGCUGGAAGCGAUCCGGGAGAAGGAGCGCACGGUGCAUUUCCCGGAGAAGAUGGCGUGGGAGAUACUGGAUGCGGCCGCCAAUCAGGGCAAGGUGGUUAAGCGCAAGCACGAGCUGCACCGUCAGUGUGAGGCGAACCGUGCCUACGCACAUUAUCGAUGGAGCUAAAUGUAGAGUUAAUGUAGGCAGAGUUAAUAAAGAGUAAUGUAAACAUUAAAUGUA